UUUCUACCCCAUUUACACCUUCCCCUUCUCCCUCUCAUUUCUCUCUACCAAUAUUCCGACAAAAAAACCUCAAUCAAAUCUCUUCCAUUAAUUCGACAUUUGCAGUUUAGCUUGCAAUUCAAACGCGUAAACAUCUGAUUUCAGUUCAUCAAAUAUGUUGCGGAUGUGUGCUAAGCCUAUUGAGCGAUGUUUAGGACGACGGAGUGGUGAUGUACUUUUAUGGCAUAAUGACUUGAAGCCUCAUGCCUCCGGCGACUUCUCCAUCGCCGUUGUUCAGGCCAAUUCUAACCUUGAAGAUCAAAGUCAGGUUUAUACUUCGCCUUCCGCUACAUAUGUUGGCGUCUACGAUGGUCAUGGUGGCCCUGAAGCUUCUCGUUUUGUUAAUUCUAACCUUUUCCCCUUCAUUCAUAAGUAUGCAUCAGAACAAGGAGGUAUAUCCGCAGAUGUUAUAAAAAAGGCAUUCAGCGCCACAGAGGAGAAGUUUUUCCAGUUCGUGAAGCAUCAAAUGCCCAUUAAACCACAGAUUGCAUCAGUUGGAUCAUGCUGUCUUGUUGGUGCUAUUUCCAACGAUGAAUUACAUGUCGCUAACCUUGGAGACUCACGAGUAGUCCUUGGCCAGAAGGUUUCCGAUGGAAGAAAGGAUAAAGUAGUUGCAGAGCGUUUGUCAAGAGAUCAUAAUGUCUCAUAUGAAGAAGUGAGGAAGGAGGUAGAAGCACAACAUCCUGGUGAUUCACCUGUUGUUAUGUAUUGCCGUGGAGUUUGGAGAAUCAAAGGCAUAAUUCAGGUAUCAAGAUCAAUAGGUGAUUUCUAUUUAAAGAAACCCGAAUUCCACAGGGACCCACGUUAUCUACAGUAUGGAAACCAUGUUCCAUUGAAGAAAGCUGUAUUAUCAGCAGAACCUUCCAUCAUUUCAAGAAAACUCAAAUCCCAAGAUUUGUUUUUAAUAUUUGCUUCUGAUGGACUUUGGGAGCAUUUGAGCGAUGAAGCAGCAGUGGAUAUUGUAUAUAAUAAUCCAAGAUCGGGGAUAGCAAAAAGACUAGUAGGGGCAGCGAUACGUGAGGCGACAAAGAAGAGGGAGUUGAGAUACAAGGAUAUAAUGAAAAUCGAGAGGGGUAUUAGGCGUCAUUUUCACGAUGAUAUAUCUGUGAUAGUAAUAUAUCUUGAUCGUGAGAAGGGUACAUCGAAAAACAGGAAGCUAGGGUUUACAACUGCGCCUAUGGAUAUAUUUUCUCAUAAUGAAGAUAAAAAUCACAAAACUGUGGAAGAUCCCCUUUUGGCCAAUUAAGACCCGAAAAAAGAGUGUAAAUAUUUAACAAGAUUGAAUGUAGGAAUUUAGGAUUGGUGAUGGGUGUCUUGUAUCUUCAUCUAUAAAAUUCUAACAUGAUAUUUCUUUGUUUUUUGGUUGAUGAGUUGGGUUUAUAAAUACAAUGCAUGAUAUUUUACCCUA